GUCAUUUUUGCAGGUUGUAAAAAGAGUGUCCAUAGCCGCAUGAUUUUCUUUGUGCUCUGUAAAACGCCUCGUGUUGUGUCGAGCGGGCGGUGAGCGUCCACCCACAAACCCCGCUCCGCUCGCCCUCCCCGGUGCCGAUGUUGACAAAGAGCCGGAGUAGGAGGAUGGUUGCUCAAGCUACAGCGUCAGUCUGAGACCCCUGACGGCACAUCAGCUCGGAAAAACGAAUACCGGACCUCACUGUGUGGCAGAUUCGCUAGGAUUCGGAACCGCAACGGGGCUGCAGGACGCUUCGGUUAGGACAGUUCAGCGGAGGAGAUCCGGGAUGACCAGCAGCCAUCCCAAAGCAUCGACGCACCGAAGCAUGCACGCGGCCCGGUGGGCUUCUUGAUGUGUUGAACAGUAACCGUGAAGCAAAACGCUGGACCUCACCGGGGACGCCGCUUUCUCCCGACGCCUCGCGGGGCCCAAGCCGUGCCUCAAGCGCGAGAGCAUGGGUCGCUGCGACGGGAGGUGCACGCUGGUGGUCAUCUGCUGCCUGCAGCUGGUCGCUGCAUUACAGAGGCAGGUGUUUGACUUUUUGGGAUUUCAGUGGGCUCCCAUCCUUGCCAAUUUCCUCCAUAUCAUGGCCAUCAUUUUGGGAGUGUUUGGAACUGUGCAAAUCCGCUCCAGAUAUCUUAUACUGUAUGCUGUGUGGCUUGUGGUCUGGGUUGGCUGGAACUCUUUUAUCAUCUGCUUUUACCUGGAAGUUGGUCACCUGUCACAGGACAGGGAUUGCCUAAUGACAUUUAACACAUCACUUCAUCGUUCCUGGUGGAUGGAGAAUGGGCCUGGUUGCUUAGUUACUCCAGUGCCUGACUCACCAUUGGCUCCUCAGGAUCAUCAUGUGAUCACUGUCAGUGGCUGCCUACUGGACUACCAAUACAUAGAGGUGGUCAGCUCAGCCUUGCAAGUGUUUCUUGCACUCUUUGGAUUUGUUUAUGCCUGCUAUGUUAGUAAAGUCUUCCUGGAUGAUGAGGACAGCUUUGAUUUCAUUGGUGGAUUGGACUCGUAUAGUUACCAGCCUCCACAAAAGAGUUCUCACUUACAGCUGCAGCCUCUCUAUACGGCUGGAUAGAAACCAGAG